AAUGUUAACCCGCCAAAUUUCAUUAAAUGUGUUUCUUUUUUUACCACACUUCGGGCGGGAAAAAAGAGGUAGAAAAGAAUUAUUUAAAGAUUACUAUCUUUAUUACUAGCUACCAUCCAGCUUCAUUUUCUUUUUUCCAGGUUAGGAUUUGGGUCUGUAUUGGUUAUAAUGGCGGUUUCAGUGCCGGUAAUCGACGUGGAUGAUGAUCCGAAAGCCCUCAAAAUGGACGGUCAAGAUCAACACAAGAAGGGUACGAAGCGAAGGAGAACGUCAUGGUUUUCAGAGAACUUGAGCGGUGAACAAAGAGAGGCCCAGAUCAAGGGAUUGAAGAAAGAAAUGGAGGGGCUUUUUGGGUAUUACAAAGAAAUGAUGGAGCAGAAAUCGGGUCUCAGGAUGGGGUACGACAUGGGGUUGUUUGAGUCCGGUUGUUCACUAAAUUCAGUGGUUGCGAUUCUGAUGGAGGAGAGCGAUUUGCCGCUAUCGAAAUUGUUGGAGGCAAUUCAUGAGAAGGUUAAGGACAGAAUGGGAAAUGUGAGUUUGGCCGCGGUGAAAAGCGCUGUGCUGCUUGUAGGGCAGAGAGUGAAAUAUGGAUUGGAUAAUGAUGAAGCUGAUAUUUUGGAGGAUGAUUCCUACUCUUCUCUUUGGUGUUGGGAGACAAGAGAUGCAAAGUUGAUACCAAAAGCUGUACGAACCACGUUAAGAAUUCGGCGUACCUGUAGAAAGAAGAUAAAUGAGAGAAUUACUGCUGUUUCUGCAAUGAUAACUCUGUUACAGAAGUUGGAGAAUGAUCAUAACAACGAGCAUGAUUUCGUGAAAGUAUCAGAAAAGCUUGUCAAGGUAUUAAGUGAGGCAGACAUUCGCUUGUUAAUGUGUAACAUGUUGCAGAAGACUGGUGCAAAGAUGGCUGAGAAAGAAGCAAAGCGAGAAGAAAAAUUGUUAAUAAUGCAACUGGAGAGAAAUAAAAGGGAAAUUGAGAAGAAGAAGAAGAAAGUGGACCGCGAGCUCCAGAAGGAAAGGUUGCAAAAUGAAAAGGUGAGAAAGCGAUUGCAGGAUGAAGCAGAAAGGGAUGAAAAGCGUCGUGAAAGAGAGGAGGCUGAGAUGAGGAAGCAGCUGCGGAAACAGCAAGAGGAAGCUGAUAGAGAUCAACGACGGCGUGAGAAGGAAGAUGCUGAACUGAAAAAGAAACUUGCAAUACAAAAGCAAGCUUCAGUUAUGGAACGCUUCCUCAAAAAAUGUAAAACAUCACCAUGUCAGAUUGAGGAAAUAACUAAGCCAACCAUAUAUUCUCCAUCUACCGAAAAGUGUGAAAAUGUGCCUGAACCAAUCAUGCUCUCCAUGGACAGGGCUCUUUCAUCUAAGGAAGAAACUGAUACUAAUGAUCUUCGCAAGUUACACUUAUCUUCUUGGCGUCGCUUAGGUCAUUCUCUUCAUUCAAAUUAUAAACAGUGUUGGGGCAUGCGUAUGAAUCCUAGGACUGAAUUGUUUAAGGAACUUAAGUUAACUGCUAAUAAAGGGUUAUCCCGCGAAGGCUUGACCCUUGAAAGGCAUGUAGAUGGAUGGGGAGAACAGAAUUCUGAUGAUAGAUCCUGCCAUAAUGAUGAUGUUUCAGUUUCUGAUGUUAAAAAUUGUUGUGCAAGGAAGCAGUUGUUGCAGUUUGAUAAGAGCUACAGACCUGCAUUUUAUGGUAUUUGGCCUAAGAAAAGUAAUGUUGUGGGACCUCGUCACCCAUGGAGGAAGGACCCAGAUUUAGACUAUGAUGUGGAUAGUGAUGAAGAAUGGGAGGAGGAGGAGCCUGGUGAAAACCUCUCAGAUUGUGAUAAAGAUGAAGAGGAGGAAAGUUAUGAAGGUUGCUCCAAAGUCAAUGAUGAAGAUGAAACUGAAGAUGGCUUUUUUGUACCACAUGGAUAUCUCUCGGAAGAUGAGGGUGUACAAGUUGACAGGAUGGAAUCUGAUGUUCCAGUUCAGGAUAUCCAAAGUUCCCAUAUCAGCAAGCAAGAUGGGCGGAAUGAGGAGUUUAGUGCAUUGCUUCGGCAACAGAAGUGUCUAAACAAUAUAACUGAGCAAGCACUAAGGAAAAAUCAAGUGCUGAUUAUAUUAAAUUUGUUCCAUGAAAAGGCGUCAUUGCUAAUGGCUGAAGAUCUUAAUGGUACUCCUAAAUUGGAGCAGACAUGUUUACAAGCCCUGAGCAUGCGGGCAUAUCCUGGUGGCCAUUCUAUAGAGAUAUCAAUUGAUAGCAAGGUACAUGACAAUCAAGAAGCUUGUUUGUCAAGUGCGAAAGCUGGAGUAACACCGGUCCUAUCUGUGGUACCAAUUCCGGACUCAGAUUUGCCUCUUAUCGUAUCUACAAUCCAGUCAUGCUCCCAUGGUAUCAAAAGCUUGGUAGAGUCUUUGCAAGAGAAGUUUCCUUCAAUUCCAAAGUCUCAGUUAAAGGACACAGUGCGUGAAAUUUCAGAAUUCUCUGAUAAUCGUUGGCAGGUCAAGAAAGAAAUCUUAGUGAAGCUUGGCAUGUCAGUUUCACCCGAGAAGGGGGGUGGACAAACCAAAAGUAUUGCUGCUUUUUUCUCGAAAAGGUGCUUGCCUCCUGCUGCAAAGAGUGUUUGCAGCCCUACUACCACUGAAUCCUCUCCUCAGCAAUUACUGAAACCAGGUUCUGCUGCCCAUGAGCAACAGGGUUGUACAUUCAACCAUACAUAACAUCGCCUUCUUUUACCCUUUUUUGGCUCCUAAGCGUGGGUACAAAUUGCAAGUUAUGUUGUAAAAUCUUGUUAAGAUGAUGAAAUGAAGGGGUGGGUAUUGGGACUUGUGUACGAAGGUUUUUGAUCGUGAGCGAUACUGAUACAGGAGAGCCAUCCUUAAGAUCUCAUCUGAUAUCAUGUUCUUAGUACGCUACUCAGUAGUACCCUUUUUAAUUCUAGAAAAGUCGUUUCGGUUAAAAA